AUGUCCACUGCAGCCACCACCGCUGGUGCAUCUUCAACGCGCCCCACCACCCGCCGCGAGAUGCUUGAGGAAGUUUUCUUGCAGAAUGCAACCAUCACGGACAAGACCGAAAAGCUCAUGGCCAAGGAGGGCUUCUUCGCCUGCAUUACGCUCGACCCGACCUGGACGUCCACCGCCGCUGCCUCGGCUGCCGAGUUGGCCGCGCCGGCGAGUGCUGCGGAUGGCUCCAACGAGCAGGCUGCUUUGCAACACAGGCAGACUGCGCGUCCGAUGCUCGAGGCGGUCUUCCGCAUUGCCGAUCGCCGCGGUGCCGGCCACCUGACCUUUGCCGACUUUCUUGCGUUCGACGACAUGAUGCACCGCAGUGACGCCGAGUACGAGCUUGCAUUCCGCAUGUUUGACACGCAGGGCAAGGGUACCAUCACGUUCGACAACUUUAAGCGCGCAGUGAACGUCGCCCUGCAGCAGCAGCCAAACGGCAGCUCAGGGUUUGACUUUGCGUCGCCGUGGGUGCAACUGUACUUCCUCGAUGGGAAGCGACAGAUCUCCUACAAGGAGUUUACGCAGCUGCUCAAGGGCUUCCAUGAGGAGCGACUGCGUCAGGCCUUUGUUGCCGCCAGCAAGGGCACCGGCUACAUUUCGGGCCUCCAAUUCGCCGCCAUUGAAACCGCCGUCUAUGGCCACCGCAUGUCACCAGCUCUGAUCGACCGUCUUGUGACCCUCGGCGACGUUAACAAGAGCAACUCUAUCAGCUUUGCUCACUUUUCGGCCUUCAACAGCCUCAUCCACAAUCUCGACUCUGUCUACCGCGUCAUGCUGCACUCCAUCUCGCUGACAAAGUCAAAUGUACUGACCAAAGAGGAUUUCAUGCACGCAGCACAUGCCAUUACUCGCUUUGAUCAAAUCACGCCUUUGGAAGUGGACAUUCUUUUCCACUUGUGCGAGUCGCAAGGAGAUGGUCGUAUCACUCCAGAGGAUUUCCAACGCCUUCUUCCUGUCGCUCGCGCCCCGUCUAUUGACGCCGCUAUUCGUACCAGGUCGCUUGCAGUGAGCAAAGCAACUACUCCCAGCUCUCAAUCGAACUCUGUUUCUGCCCCUGCGUCUAAGGGUGCCUUGUUUGACUACAUUGAGAGCUUUGCGCUCGGCAGCAUUGCAGGAGCUAUUGGAGCCACCGUCGUAUUCCCAAUCGACCUUGUCAAGACACGCAUGCAAAACCAACGAGGCGUGAUUGUCGGAGAGAUGCUCUAUCGAAACAGCUGGGAUUGCUUUACCAAGGUGCUCAAGAACGAAGGAGUCAGCGGGUUGUAUCGCGGUCUUGUGCCGCAACUUGUCGGUGUUGCUCCGGAAAAGGCCAUCAAGCUCGCCAUGAACGAUCUUUGCCGAAAAACCUUCAAGGACGAGAAUGGCAACCUGUCAUUGCCUUACGAAAUCCUGAGUGGUGGUGUGGUAAGUGUAAAAGGAUGGAGGCUGGCGCAAGUCAAGUCGUUUUCACCAACCCGCUCGAAAUUGUCAAAAUUCGACUUCACCAACCCGCUCGAAAUUGUCAAAAUUCGACUGCAAACUGCCGGCGAGCAGCUGAAGGGAGUUCCGCUUGAUGCCGCUGCUGCUCAGCGCCCAACUGCCGGCUCCAUCGUUCGUCAGCUUGGCUUUAUGGGUCUGUACAAGGGUGCCACUGCUUGUCUCUUGCGUGAUGUCCCAUUCUCCAUGAUCUACUUCCCGGCGUAUGCACACGCAAAGGCUUGGCUCGCAAAGCCCGACGGGUCCAACGACCCCCACACCUUGCUGCUUGCUGGCGCACUUGCGGGUAUUCCUGCUGCCAGUUUGGUGACUCCUGCUGACGUGAUCAAGACUCGUCUGCAAGUCGCCGCUCGACGAGGAGAGUUGACUUACACUGGCAUUGUCGAUUGUGCCCGUAAAAUCAUGGCUACUGAGGGUGGAAAGGCCUUCUGGAAGGGCGCUGCGGCCCGAGUCUUCCGUUCAUCUCCACAGUUCGGUGUCACUCUGUUCUCGUACGAAAUGUUGAUCAAGGUGCUUCAUCCCGAAUUGCGCCAAACGGCCAUCCAAGACGAGGCAGUAUCGACUCCUCUCGACUUCCAGACCCAACAUAGCCAACGAGUUUGGGCUACCUUCCAGGGCGUUCACAACAAGUUUGGCUUGUGGCUGCCCUCCUUUGCCGUGUAA